CCAUAAAGAGAGAAGAUAAAAGUCUGCCAAAAGUUUCAGUUCAACAAAAGUCAGUAUAAUUUGAAUAAUAAUAAAAAUGAAUGAUACACGUUGCGGUAAGAAAGGUCAACAGAUACAGGUAUUUGUUCGUAUUAGACCUCUUAAUAGUUCUGAGCAAAAUCUUCAGUCUACAACUGUAUUGGAUAUCCCAAAUAACAAAGAGAUAAUAGUACAUGAACGUCCAAAUGAUAAAGUUUCUAAAAAGUUCAGGUUUAAUAAUGUGUUUGGACCUCUGUCGAAACAGAUCGAUGUGUAUAAUAAUGUUGUUAGUCCAUUAUUGGAGCAAGUUUUGGCUGGAUAUAACUGUACAGUAUUUGCAUAUGGUCAAACUGGCACUGGGAAAACAUACACAAUGGAAGGAAUUAACAUUGAUCCAACUUUACAUUGGAAUAGUGAUUCAUCUGCUGGUAUGAUACCACGUUCCUUAAAUCAUUUAUUUUACAAAUUGCAAUUAUUAGAGAUACAAGAAUAUACAAUUAGAGUUAGUUUUCUUGAACUCUAUAAUGAAGAUUUGUUUGAUCUUUUAUCAACUAGCAGUGACGCAUCUAAAUUGAGAUUGUACGAAGAUGCAUCGAAGAAAGGUGCAGUAAUUAUACAUGGGUUAGAAGAAGUGACAAUACACAAUACAAGUGAAGUUUAUAAAAUUCUUAAGAAAGGAGCAGAUAAAAGGCAAACAGCUGCAACAUUGAUGAAUGCUCAAUCUAGUCGGUCUCAUACAAUAUUCUCAAUCACUAUACACAUGAAAGAAAGUACUAUUGAUGGUGAAGAGAUUCUAAAAACGGGAAAAUUAAAUUUAGUGGACCUAGCUGGCAGUGAAAACGUUGGAAGAUCUGGCUCUGUAGACAAGAGAGCAAGAGAAGCUGGCAGCAUAAAUCAGUCUUUAUUGACUCUUGGCCGAGUUAUAACAGCUCUUGUUGAAAGAGCACCUCAUAUACCUUAUCGGGAAUCUAAGCUUACAAGAUUACUGCAGGAGUCAUUAGGUGGUCGUACAAAAACGUCGAUUAUUGCCACUAUAUCGCCUGCUAGUAUUAAUCUUGAGGAAACAUUAUCAACGUUAGAUUAUGCGCAUCGUGCAAAAAAUAUCACGAAUCGGCCAGAAAUAAAUCAGAAACUUUCGAAACGAGAAUUUUUAAAACAAUAUACAGAAGAAAUUGAAAAACUGCGAAGAGAUUUAUUAGCUUCACGUGAUAGAAAUGGUGUUUAUCUAGCGGAUGAUAAUUAUAAAGAAAUGCAAACACUAAUUUCACAACAGACUAAACAAAUAGAAGAAAAAAUUAAUCAUAUAAAAGCGCUUGAAAAAGCUAUGCAAGACAAAGAGAAAAUUUUUUAUGAACUUGAAUUACAAAAUAUUGCUCAGACAGAAGAAUUAAAUGAAGUCAAGAUUAAGUUAAAUAAUGUCACUGAUGCUCUACAAUCGACAAACUACCGAUUAAAAUUAACAACGCAGGAACGAGAUGAGCAUAAAUAUUUAGUAGAAAAACAUAUGAAUACAGAACAAUCUUUAUUGAAUCAAGGUCAUACUUUAUUAAAUGUUGCAGAUACAGCAAUAACAGAUUCAUAUAAAUUACAUGAUAAAAUUGAUCGGAAAAGUAAAACAGAACAAAAAUUCGAAAAUCUUGGCAAUACCUUAAGAAGCAAUAUUUCUGAAUAUGUACAAAAUGUAGAAAAAGAUGUAUCUAUAUAUGGUGAAAAAUUGAAGGAACUAUUUACUUCAAUAAAAAAUGACCUUGAAAUUUCUAUAAAAUCUAAUACUGCCGAUACAGUAACACAUCAAAACGCAACGAGUAAUCUGAACCACUCUGAUAUUACUAACUUAACAACAAAUAUAAAUGAAUCUCAUACAAAAUAUCAAAAUUGGAUACAAAAUGAAAUAAGAAAUAUGGUUGGCACAGUAGAAUAUGAAGAUGAAUUAAUCAGUGUCAGUCAUCAGCGACUAAUUCAAAGCAUCAACAAUAAGAUAGAAAAUGUAAUAACUAAAAACCUUCAGAUCAUGAGGAAUAAUAUAUGUGAAAAAUUGACAGAAGCUUCAAUUCGUUUAGAAAAAAUGAUAGAUACUUCCUGUAAUUAUGAAUUAAAAAUUAAUGAUCGUACGAUUGAAAAUGUCAGAAGUAUCAUGAAAGACAUUGAAGUACUUCGUAACAAACAAAAAUUUAGCGAGAAACAACAUUUAUUUGCCGAAAUGAUGCAAAAUGUAUUUUCGCAGUUUAACGAAUUACGUAAAAUUCAAGAAGAACAUUAUUCUACUGUAACUGAUAAAUGUAAUUAUGUUAAUACAGUUUGUAAUGAAGUUAAUAAUCAAGCGAUAAAUAAUUCUAAUAUGAAUGUUAAAAUGAGAAAUGAUUUGAAAGAUCACAUACAAAGUGAUAUAAAGAAAAUUGAAAAUACUGUUAUUGUUGGAACAAAACAGAAUGAAGAAAUUGCAAACAGAAUUACAAACCAAGGCGAAGAUUUGAUAAAUGAAUUAAAGUCAAAUGUGAAUGAAAAUUGUAAUGCAUCAAUGCAGUAUAAGAAUACUAUGGAAAGUAAUAUGAAAGAAGAACAACUGAAAAUAGAAGCAGAUAAGAAUACAGCCCUUUCGUCAAUUAAUGAUGCAGAUAAAGUAAUUUCAGAUAUAAGUAAAAAUCAUGCAAAAUUCGUGGAAGAUAAAAAGGUGGAAAUUGAAAAUGUGUGUCAAAAUAUAUCUACUCAAUUAAAAAAUCAAAUAAUGGAAUCAUGUAUGCGGAAUGAUAAUGUUAUUGGCCAAUUAGAAACGGCAGUUGGCGAAAUUAAUAAAUUUUUUGAUGAAGAUGUACAACGUGAUAUCCCAACAGGAUUAACUCCUGCUAGGAAAAACUUUUCCUAUCCUCGUCAAUUUAAAACAACGUCUCCGCAUGAACGAAUUCUUCAAAAAUUUAGAGAAACUGGAAAAUUGCUUAAUGUAACAGAAGAUGAAGAUACACAAGAAAACAUUUCUAUGAUUGGUGAAACGACAAUGAAGCAAAUUGCAAAUUCAACAGCAUUAUCUGAUAUUACCCUCGUAUCUUCUGCAAUUGAGAAUACAAUGUUUGAUACAUGUCUAUCAAAGAACAACGAACAAAGUUUGUCUACAGAUUCUCAUAUUGAAAAUAUUACACAAACGUUAGAUGUAUCAAAAUCAAUGCAAUUCCAUACUCAAUCUGAAUCUGCAAUUUAUAGAAAAAAUGAAAACAAAGAAAAUGAUAACAAUGUUUUCACUCAAUUAGAAGAACAAAAAUCAAAGUGAUAUAUUAAACAUUAAAAAAAACUUUUUUGGUUUCAAUAUAUAAUAUAAUGAUAUUACUUUUCUGGAUCAUUAUAAAAUGAUCAUUGUAAAAAAAAAAAAUAUAAUAUCUGAUGAAAUCGAAUAAUAUAUGUACAUAAUACUCUCUUCAAUUAAAAAAUCAGAAGAUUGCAAGAUGAUAAAGUAGAAUCAUA